AGCGCGUUUCGCGGGGCACUAGCACUAUUAACCACCAAACUCAGCUCGUUGAAUAAACCACCUCUGAUUGACCAGCGACUUGUUCAAUUGAUCAAGCAUUAAUUGCACGAUGCUCUCGAAUGCAUUGUUGACAAUAUGGCGCCAAUACAGAAGACCUUUUCCUUGAUCCCAGAGCUGCCAUCAUGUCUGGGCAAUGGCAACAACGAAACCGCGUCGGCCGGUCGCCCCUCCAAGCCGCCCAUGACGUCGAAGCAAGCCAAGAAGCUAUACAAGGCCAAGUCCACGGGCCCGAAGCUCUCCAAGGCCGAACAGAGGCGCCAGGACCUGAUGGAACAAGACCGGAUACGAAGGGAAAUUGAGAAGGAAAAGAACCAAGAAAGAGCGCGAAAGGCACGGGACAGGCGGAAAGAGAAAGAGGACAAGCAGAAGGCGGAGAAAAAGAAGAGGGGCUUGCCGCUUGUUGCUGUACAUCCAUCCCAAGAUACCAUCGCUCGCUUUAUACAGCCGAAACCGAAAGCGGCCAAGACCGAGGAGCGAUCAACACCGUUGUCGGCCAUCACUGAGGAUGAUAGCGAUUCGACGUUGUCGGCUGUGGACGGCGAUCAUGAGCCUCCACGCAAACGGCAACGUAGUAGUGGUUCUCUAAAAUUCGUUGGAAAUGGCCCUGCGAUGCAUCUCAAUACACCUCCAGACGCCAAAUCGAAGACGUCUGGCUCCCAAGCAAAGCCGUCCUCAAACCCAAGAGUCGAGCCGAAGGUAGCUGGAUCUCAAGCAAAGCCAUGCCUUGAUCCAACUGAUAUGUUCCAAGCAAAUGCAUCCAUUCCUAAACGCAGUUACGAUCGGGAUGCUCCAUCGACCAAACAAGAUUUCAAUCAACAGUUGUUCAACGAGUCCCUCUCUGCAAUUGAGUCUUUCUCUACAGAAGAGUUGUCCUUUCUCGAAGAUUGUGUUCAAGAUAUCAACAAUGCGGACGACCCUUCUCAUAAAAACUCACAUGUUCCUGCGAAACUUCCUUCCCCAAAAGCACCCGAAAUUAGCAGGUCUCAGGGCACGAAGCCGAAGAUGAAUUCCAUCCUAGGUACAGGAUUGAAAGCGGCUGAGUCCACAGCUUCAACGCGAAAGGUGGCCCAGGAAAUUCACGGGAGUACAUCCUGUGUCACUAAGCUGCUGCAGAGGACUGCAGAGCCGGCAGAUAACCCCAGGCAUGUCCAUCGAGAUACAGUAUCACAUGCUCCAGCCCGUGUCGAUGGUGACGACAAAAUAAUUGAACCCGUCCCUCCACUGUUGAAGAGCAAUGCUAGAAAUCCACCAAAUUUUCCACGUGCAGCACAUCCUCCGAAGCCGCCUCCAGCCAGAUGUGGCCCUCAGGUUAGUUUCGAGCCUGAAAAUCUAGCCGGAUGCGCGAAAUCUCGUGCCACUGCCAGUACUGCAACACGCAAACCGCUUGAGAAGUUGUCACUCAACCAAGCUGACACCACUGUUUCGAAAACUGCCGCUCCGCCUCUCAGGCGACCCUUUUCCAUGGACGGCUCUAAGCCAGCAGCAAGGACACCACAACUCAAUAUGCCCGAGCCUCGAGCCCUCACCUCCGCCUCAACUUCAUCAGGUCAUCGAACAACAUCGGUGGGCCCGCCUUCUUUUGUGCCGAAUUUCAAAACGGCCCACCAGGAGGCGCUUGUUGCCAAAAUGAAUCCGCCGAAGUUCCUGCGUCAACCGAGUCACAGGUCACACUUCUCGCCUGCAGCAGUGCAAUCUGGUGCGGCGUUUCUACCCCCACCUAGUACACAACAGCUCUUGAUGGACUUUGAUGACUUUUUCCCGAGCCCUUCACAGGAAGUCAGGGAACUCUUUGAAGACAAACAUGAAGGUGCGCAGACAUUGUCCUCGGUCCGGUCCCAUGUGCCACCAUUACGUGACCGACCUAUACUACCUCCUCGAGUCAAAACGUCCCUCCUUUCUUCCAAGCCCCCAAGAAAUCGUCUCAUAACAGCAAACAGACCAGUCACCGCUCCUACUUGCGAAAACUUAGUGAAACCCACCACGGUUUACAUUGACCAUAGCGUUACGGGACUUUAUGAAAUGCCGUUUUUUGCAACGCAAGACCUUUUCUUAUCCUCCCAGGACCUUAUAGAACUUGAGGAACAUCCGAAAUCGCCUCCAAAGGCUCAGACGCCAUACGUUGAAUCAAUCCCAGGGUCACUACCAUCCAGCGGAAUGCCGGAGACAUCUUCAGGUCCACGUCUCAAUCAAAGAGCCUUAGCGAGACCUUCGGAGAUUUCUAACCUGCACUCCCGCGAAAAAAGAGAGCAUCCGUCAGAUCAUAACUCUGCCGGUGCUAAUAGUGCAGACUGUUCGGUCUCGAAUGACGAAAUGUUGCAAAAGCCCCCAGUCGCGCCCGCGUCAGUCCAGCAAGCGCCACGAUAUGCGGAAAUUCAACCAACAUUGGAAACUCCCCGGCGUUCCCCAGAACCAUUCUUCACAUCCAGUGGAACCAGAGCGAUGAAGGCCUACGCCAUCGAGAGAAGCAAGACGACGCCUUGGGAGGAAGCACGUGUACAUCUUGAACCUCAGGAAGAUCUGGAUAUGGAUCAGGCUCAACGAUUACAAGAUGAGUGGUUGGAACAGCUGCUUCUGGAUUCUGCAGUUGAAGAAGACGAAACACGACGUGCAGCGGUUACACAGAGUACGUGGCAAGUGGUGAAAGAGGUAGCGAGUCAGGGGUUGGAGGACCACAACCAGAAGAAACAAGAGUCACCGGGCGAUGGUCAACCAGGGGGUGGGGGGGAUGACUACAGCCAGAAGCGGCAGGAACUCCCAAGCGUCUGUCAAUUGGGGAGCCAAAAAAGGAACAAAGAUUCUCAAGUUGGCCAUCCGAAGAGCUCAUAUGAGAUGAUGUUGAAGUUGUCUGGGCUAUCGGGAAAUGAAUACGUCUCGUCUACGCCUACGACCCAGGAGGUGGCUGGUCCAGCAGGCCAACAUUUUGACUACUGUGAUGAGGAGUUGGAGGAUGAUGAUUUGUGUAGCGUGUUGCUGGAAUAAUUGUCUUUAGCGGAUGCAGACAAUCGUGAAGACGACCUACAUGUUUAGUUGGAUAUUGAUAGCUUUGCCUGGAAUGAAUGAUGAGAGGGCCGGAAGCAAUGGGGAUCAUAUACUCUACCUCUGCUGGCUUUUCUCGUCGGAGGCUUGCAGUUAUGUCUCUAGUCGGCAUUGCUAUUGGUCUAGAGACUAAAACUCCGGUUCUUCGAUGUAAUACUAACCCCUUACAUCUGAUUCGUGAAACGUUUCCUGCUUUGUAGACACAAAACAUGCUAGCACCUGAUGUC